GGGAAGAACCAAUAUGGCGACGGCACUGUAUUUAGAACAGUAUCUUGACAGUCUGGAAAAUCUACCUUAUGAGUUACAGAGAAAUUUCACAUUGAUGAGAGAUCUAGACCAAAGAACACAAGAUAUAUUAAAACAAAUAGAUAAUCUAGCAGAUGAAUAUAUAAAGAAUGUUCGGGACAUGCCAAGGGAGAAGCGGGCGGAUCACCUCAGGAACAUCCAGAAUUUAUUUAAUAAAAGUCGAGAAUUCGGAGAUGAUAAAGUACAGCUUGCAAUGCAGACCUAUGAAAUGGUUGACAAACACAUACGAAGACUGGAUGCAGAUUUGGCUAGGUUUGAACAGGAACUGAAAGAAAAAAAUUUAGAACAGAAAAACAGUGACUAUGACAGUGGUGGAGCAUCAUCAAGAGACAAAAAAUCCAGGUCAAGUAAAAAGGGUGGCAAAGACAAAUCACAAUCAGGACGGAAAAACAAAAGGAAAUCAUCAGAUGACGAAACACCAAAAUCAUCGCGGAAAAAGAUGAAGUCAACUGUACAAACAGAGACAGUAACGCCGAUAUUGAUGUUGCCGUCUGUCAUCCAUGCCCCAUCAGAUGUACUAGAUAUGCCUGUUGAUCCUAAUGAACCCACGUACUGUCUGUGUCAUCAAGUAUCAUACGGUGAAAUGAUAGGCUGUGAUAACCCUGAUUGUCCGAUUGAGUGGUUUCAUUUUGCAUGUGUUGGACUUACAAGUAAACCUAAAGGAAAAUGGUAUUGUCCAAAGUGCACACAAGAACGAAAGAAGAAAUAGCAUUAGAAGAAACUUGGAUAUUUUAUUACCCCUAAAGAGAAAAGAUUUUACAUUUUAGAAGGCAUUCCCCUAACAGGAAUUUUAUCUCCUAAGAAUCUAUUUUUAUAGUUGAUUUACACAGAUAUGACAACUUUGAAAUAUCAUUCCUGUUGAAAAUCACAAGUACACCUGUAAAUAGCAAGUUAUGCUCGGGUUUUACGAGCUCUGUUGUGAUAUGUAUUCACCUAUCAACGUUAUGUGCUAUCCUGACAUUUGUUUCUACCCACAAACGUCACACAUCCUGGCACCACCCACUGUGGAGUAGUAGGCAUUAUGUUUGACCCAGAAAGGUCUCCCAUUUCGGUUAUUCUGAGAGGGACUAUUAGUGGGAAUUUCUCAAUUUAUCCUUCAAAAUACAGUUCACCACUGCAACAAGCAAGGUAUAAAAAUUGUUCUGUUGUACAACAUGCAAGGAGUCAACAACCACUGUUGAUUAGACAUUGCAGCACCUUUGGGGCAAUACAUGACAAGUAUUCCUACUGUGAGCUCAUACAAAAAUGACACUUUGGUCAGUUAUAACUCCCCUCCCAAAUUUUAGCAUUGACAUUUUGCAAAUAUAAAAAUCUCAUGAUCAUACCAAAAUAUUAAAGCUUUUAUGGGUGAAAGGCUGUAAUAUGGGGAUGACAUUAAAUGGGUCGAUGAGUUGUACUAAAAAGGUCAGUGGGAAUAAUUAAGAAUGUCGCGAAUAAUAGAACACAUUAUUGGAGAUUGGAGAGGCAGGGGUGCUUUUAGUUCUUUGUUCAGAUUGUGAAAAUAUUUGAACUGAAGUUUUGGCGAGAAAAAAUAUCUGGCAAUCGAAGGGUUAAUGCACUGGUACUCUUUGAUAGCAGAAUGUUAUCCACAAGUCGCUGCUAUUAUUGUUUGCAGCUCAGUCUCACCAACACAUAUUUUAUAGUUAGCAAAGGCUAUUUGAUACUUCACCAAAUCACUGCAAUGACAAUUGAAACAGGCACCUGGCUAUCUGUGUGAUUAAAUCCCAUUGUCACUUUUGCUUGGCGAAUCAACCCUUGGCCUUGUCAACAAAACAAAUCUGUUGCAAUCUUAAAACUGCACACAUUCAGUGAGCAAAACAGAUUGAUAUCUUUUUGGUCAUGUACGUACAUUUAUGUCUUAAAACCUUUUAAAGAAUUUUAAAUUUGUUAGACACUGGGAGACUUUUUCAUUAAAGAAAAUGUUGGCAAAAGUGUGUUACUGUAGAAUACUUUAUUUUCGCUUGAAAUUUAUUUUUGCUUCAGUGAAAAUAAAAUCCAGCGAAUAUACUUUUUUUCCUAUAUUUCACAUUCAACUCAUCAAAAAUCAGUGAAAAUAUAUUCCAAACAAAACAUCAUAAAGCCUUUCAGCGAAAAUUAAUUCCAGCUAAAAUAAAGCAUUCUACAGUAUUAUAUGGGCUCUGAGGGCAAAAAAUACU